AUGCGCCGCUUCUCGGCCGCCGGCGCGCGCCAGCAGCAGCAGCAGCAGCAGCAGCAGGGGGACGCCGUGUCCGACCGCCUGCACCGCUACCGCGGGGUGCUCAUGGUGCUGCUCUCGCCGCUGCUCCUCGUCUCCUUCGUGCUCCUCAUGAUGCCGCGCUCCCCGGCAUACGCCACCGCCGGCGGGGGCUCCGGCGCGCUCGUCGCCGCCGGAGGCAGGAGGUGGGGGCCCCAGGCCGUCGGCGGGGCUGGCGACGGAUCCAACAGGUACGCCGUCAUAUUUGACGCCGGGAGCUCCGGGAGCCGCGUCCACGUCUACCGCUUCGACGGGAGCCUGGAUCUCGUUCCGAUAGGCAAUGAGAUCGAGCUAUUCAAGCAGAAAACACCAGGCUUGAGUGCUUAUGCCAAGGAUCCACAGGAGGCUGCUGAGUCACUUGUUUCUCUUCUUGAGGAAGCUGAAAAAGUAGUUCCCGUAGAAUUGCGUGACCAAACACCUGUCAGGGUUGGGGCCACUGCAGGUCUCAGAGCAUUAGGAGCUGAAAGAUCGGAAGAAAUUUUGCAAGCGGUUAGGGAUCUUCUGCGUGACAAGAGUUCGUUCAAAUCCCAACCAGAUUGGGUCACCGUUCUCGAUGGAUCUCAGGAAGGUGCAUUCCAGUGGGUUACCAUCAACUAUCUGUUGGAGAAAUUGGGAAAGCCUUACUCACAUACUGUUGGAGUGGUCGAUCUAGGUGGUGGUUCUGUCCAAAUGGCUUAUGCUAUCUCAGAAAAGGAUGCAGCAAAGGCUCCUCUAGUUCCAGAUGGCGAAGAUUUAUAUGUGAAGAAGCUGCUGCUUAAAGGAACAACAUAUUAUCUUUAUGUUCACAGUUAUUUGCAUUAUGGUUUGCUGGCGGCUAGAGCAGAGAUCUUAAAAGCUGGUGAAAGCAAUGAUUACAGCAACUGUAUGUUGGACGGAUAUCAUGGGAAAUACCAAUACGGUGAUGAUACAUUUGAGGCAUCAGGUUCGCCGUCUGGUGCUAGUUUUUCCAAGUGCAGGGCUGUUGCAGUGAGAGCUCUUAAAGUUGAUGAACCGGCAUGCACUCACAUGAAAUGCACAUUUGGUGGUGUAUGGAAUGGUGGUGGGGGAGAUGGACAAAAGAAUCUGUUUGUAGCAUCAUUUUUCUUUGAUAGGGCGGCUGAGGCUGGUUUCGUAAACCCGAAGGCAGCAGUUGCUAAGGUUAAACCGUCAGACUUUGAAGAAGCUGCAAGACGUGUUUGUAAAUUGAAUGUGAAGGAAGCACAAGCCACCUAUCCUGAUGUUCAAGAGAAAAACAUUCCAUACCUUUGCAUGGAUCUUGUCUACCAGCAUACAUUACUUGUGGAUGGAUUCGGUGUGGACCCCUAUCAAGAUAUUACGUUAGUAAAGAAGGUGCCUUAUGGCAAUUCAUUUGUGGAAGCAGCAUGGCCACUUGGUAGCGCCAUUGAGGUUGCAUCUUUAUCAUAGGCAGAAACAGCUUUGGCAGUAACUUAAGACCCCCCAGCGUAUAGUUUUGGCUUAGCUUACCAUUCUGGAAUAGUGAGUUUAGAUCCUAAAGUUUGAUGUUAGGAUUUUUCCUUGAUUCAACAUUUGUUCUCCAUCUUCCAUUUUAUUUAUUUAGCCUUUAAAUACAUUAACUUAUACAAGAGGAAUAUAGCUUGGAGUUGACCCGUGGGGCCAUUUGAAGGUCUAUUUUUUUGUAUUAAAGAGAGCCAGAUCAGAUACUUUGUAAUCCUUUUGGAAUUCGAUGCAGAUGCAUAAAUCUAUACUGUGUAAUUCUGUUUUGUGA